GGUGGGGGUGAAGUUUCGCGCGGGGCUGAGGAGGGGAGGGGUUCUCUAGGGUUUUCUUUGGUUCUCUGCCAUGGCGGAUGCUCUGUCCGCGAUUCCUGCCUCCGUGCUCCGCAAUCUGUCCGACAAGCUCUACGAGAAGCGGAAGAACGCCGCGCUUGAGAUUGAGGGAAUAGUGAAGCAGCUCGCUGCGGCAGGGGAUCACGAUAAGAUUUCGGCGGUGAUCAGCUUGCUGACGACGGAAUUCACGUAUUCUGCGCAAGCAAAUCACCGGAAGGGAGGACUGAUUGGGUUAGCUGCUGCGACUGUGGGGUUAAGUACCGAGGCAGCUCAGCAUCUUGAGCAAAUUGUACCACCUGUACUCAGUUCAUUUUCUGAUCAAGAUGGCAGAGUUCGUUAUUAUGCUUGUGAAGCACUGUAUAAUAUUGCGAAGGUUGUAAGAGGGGAUUUCAUCAUCUUUUUUAACCAAAUAUUUGAUGCCUUAUGCAAGCUGUCUGCGGAUUCAGACGCCAAUGUACAAAGCGCUGCUCACCUUUUGGAUCGGCUUGUAAAGGACAUUGUCACUGAGAGUGAUCAAUUCAGCAUUGAAGAAUUUAUACCCUUGCUGAGAGAGCGUAUGAAUGUCUUAAAUCCAUACGUUCGCCAGUUUUUAGUUGGAUGGAUUACUGUGUUGGACAGUGUUCCGGACAUUGAUAUGCUGGGUUUUCUUCCUGAUUUCCUAGACGGUUUGUUCAACAUGUUAAGUGAUUCGAGCCAUGAAAUUCGACAACAAGCUGAUGCAGCUUUGUCAGAGUUUCUCCAAGAGAUCAAGAACUCCCCAUCUGUAGAUUAUGGCCGCAUGGCCGAGAUAUUGGUGCAGAGGGCAGGUUCUGGUGAUGAGUUUACGAGGUUAACAGCGGUAACAUGGAUCAAUGAGUUUGUAAAACUCGGUGGAGACCAGCUUGUUCCUUAUUACGCCGACAUUCUAGGAGCUAUAUUACCAUGCAUAUCUGACAAAGAAGAGAAAAUUAGAGCAGUUGCUCGGGAAACAAAUGAAGAGCUUCGUGCAAUCAAGGCAGAACCUGCAGAAGGUUUUGAUGUUGGAGCAAUACUAUCCAUUGCAAAGAGGCAACUAUCAAGUGAAUGGGAGGCGACUAGAAUUGAAGCAUUACAUUGGAUAUCAGCUCUCCUAGAGAGGCAUCGUCCUGAGGUUUUGUCUGUUCUGAACGAUAUCUUUGACACGCUUCUAAAGGGCUUAUCAGAUCCUGUAGACGAGGUAGUGCUGCUUGUUCUUGAGGUUCAUGCAUGUAUAGCAAAAGAUCCUCAGCACUUCCGCCAGCUUGUUGUUUUCUUAGUGCACAAUUUUCGGGUCGAUAAGAAUCUUCUCGAGAAGCGUGGUGCUUUGAUAAUCCGCAGACUCUGUGUGCUUUUAGAUGCUGAAAGAGUCUAUCGGGAACUUUCUACAAUACUAGAGGGAGAAGCCGACUUGGAUUUUGCAUCAACUAUGGUUCAGGCUUUGAAUCUCAUUUUGCUUACUUCUUCCGAAUUGUCUGGACUCAGAGAUCUGUUGAAACAAUCCCUAGUUAAUGCUGCUGGGAAGGACCUAUUUGUGUCUUUGUAUGCUUCAUGGUGCCAUUCACCAAUGGCAAUAAUAAGUCUUUGCGUACUAGCUCAGACAUAUCAACACGCAAGUGCUGUGAUUCAGUCUCUUGUUGAGGAAGAUAUCAAUGUCAAAUUCUUAGUUCAGCUGGAUAAAUUGAUUCGGCUUCUAGAGACUCCAAUUUUCGCUUAUCUUAGGUUACAGUUACUUGAUCCAGGAAGAUACACGUGGUUGUUAAAAGCUCUCUAUGGACUCCUAAUGUUGCUUCCACAGCAAAGUGCCGCCUUCAAGAUACUUCGAACGCGAUUGAAGACAGUGCCUUCAUACUCUCUCGGUAGUGAACAGAUCAAGCGAACAUCUUCGGGGAACCCAUACUCUCAAAUUUUGCAUCAUAUGCCGAGUGGAUCACAAAUCACGGAAGACGGUGACAUAAGCCGAGAUAUGGGGAGUGUACCUAAUGGUAUCAACUUUGCUGCGAGGCUUCAACAAUUUGAGCAAAUGCAGCGGCAACAUCGCAUGCAUGCAAAAUCACAGUUACAGUCACAGUUCCGUAAUAAUUCCACUUCAUCAAAGGAGAUGCAAAAACCAGAAGAACCCUCGCGAUCUAUGUCAGACUCUAACAGGCCGUCUUCAAGAUCAUCAUCAAGGAGAGGACCAGGGCAGCUACAGCUAUAAUUAGAUUGCUGGUUGCUGCUACUACUGGCCGGAGCUACUUAUUUACUCGUCUCAGUAGGUGUCAGCCAUUGGCGAGGUCUGGCAUAACUUGUAAAAUUGUAUAUUCAGUAGCCUCUUUUUCUGUUGAAUUGUGGAGGUCGGGAUGGAAAAAUUGGGUUUCAAUUUACGAUAAGCCUCAAGUUGCAGCACCUCUUUUUGGCCUUUUCCCUUUAUAAAGCAGGAUAGACCCAUGUGGUUCUGUUGUUUUUAAAAAUCACAUGGGCUGGAGGGAUAUAUUUUAUUUAGGAAGGUGCAGUCCUCUCAUUCAUCUGUUAUACAUGCAAGUUUAUUAAAUAAUAACGUCCAUUUCUCUACA